UAUAUAUAUAUAUAUAUAUAUAGAGAGAGCAAUGAUGGUUUUUGUUGAAGUGAAACAAACUCAAACCCUAACAUGUCGUUGACUCAUGAAACUGAGGACAGAUUCGGCGAUCUGCCAGAUCCGGUUGUCUUUCACAUACUUUCCUAUUUGAACACCAAAGAGGCCUUUCAAACUUGCAUACUCUCCAAAAGAUGGAACAAUCUCACAAACAAUCUUCCAAUCCUAAUUCUAGAUUCCGACCAGUUCGAAUCUCUGGAAAAAUUCGACAGGGCACUGUCUCAAAUUCUAUCUGUUCGCAAUGGGUUCGAUGAGGACGACGAUUCAAAUUCCGUUCUCGACACUCUAGAUUUGACCCUUUCCCCAAUUGAUUUCUGGGUCCGUGAUAGUUUCCCGUGGACUGACGUAUUCGUCAAACGCAUGGUAAGGUAUGCCCUUUCACAUAAUGUCCGGCGAUUACGAUACCCUAUCACCUGUAAUAAUAUUCCGUUUCAACCUAUAUUUGCAUCUCAAACUUUAUCUUCUCUUGACCUUUCUGUUCCUCGUUGUUUUCGAGAAUUAGGUUCAAUAUUUUUAUUUCCGACUCAUCUCAAUUUGCCCUCAUUGACACACUUGACUUUAUCAUAUUUUCGAUUUGGUGCUGCCGAUGAUGGUUGUGCCGACCCCUUCUCCGCCUUUAACAAGUUGAAUACUUUGACCCUUAUAAGUUGCUUUGUUCUUAAUCCACAAGUUCUUAAUUGCGCUACAAGAAUGUAUCGAGAUGAUAAUAAUCAGCCAUUAAAACUCCGCAUAUCUUCGCCAAAUCUUUGUAACUUUUCUUUUAUUGGUAAUACAAGUCAAAAACUAUGUCUCACCCAUCUUUCUUCUCUUAAACACCUAUUCAUUGAUGCUGAACAAAUUGGCUUUCGAAACUCUGCCGCCGUCGUUCAAGAUGAUGCUGCAGUCCUACUCAGCUCGUUGCAAGACCUUCCUAAUAUCAGAUCAUUGACGGUCUCUUCUAAUACUCUGCAGGUUCUAUCUCUUGUUUCCAAUUUAUUCGAGGUUAAAUUUACUUCCUUCUAUAACUUGGAGUCACUGGAAGUACAAAUGAAACCGAUUUCAGGUCAAUUGUACACUAUUUUGUGUUUUGGCAAGUUCAUGAUACCAGGCGGCAUUCAGCCGGAUGAAGCUACAAUCAUACCUGAUGGAGUAAUUGACUAUUUGAUUCAAAACUCGCCUUCAGCAAAUGUUAGCGUCAUACCAUAUAAGAUCCAAGAUCCAAGAGAAGCACAAACUAGAGGUCGGAGGAAAUUCUUUGGUAAAAAGCAUACAAAAGCUAAACAAGUUUGAUAUGCUAAACUUCUGUCAGGACACCAAAAUCAAUGGAGGCCAACCGUCAGAAAUCUUUCUUGAGUUUUAUCUACUUUCUUGCCUUCUAAUUUAUCAUUAUAUUUUCUAUUUUACUGCUAGUAUUGUAUUCAAAUUGUGAUUUUUUAUUUUAUUUUCUAGAUAACAUGUUUAUUUAUUUUACUCUCUUCAUUCUAAUGUAUUAUAUUUUCUAUUUUAUUUGAUCUAGUACUAGACCUCCAUUUAUUGAAUAUUUUGUUGAAUCAUGACAACUAAUGACAUAGUAUUUUAUAAGUCACAUUUUUUUCGUGAAUUAUAAGCUUAGGCUUGGUAAUUCCCGUGGUGUUAUUGAUUAGACAGUUCACGACGAGUAUUUUAAUUUUAGUUAUUUGCUUAACGAUUUGAAUGUCAUCUCAGCAGAGCAAACUGAUUUGGAGGUUGCUGAGUAUGGUGUAUGUAGAUGAUGAAGAUGUGUUUAUUGUACCAAUUAAUCCCGAAUUUAGUCCGCUUUUUGUGGCGAGUAUGGUGUAUGUAGAUGAUGAAGAUGUGUUUAUUGUACCAAUUAAUCCUGAAUUUAGUCGGCUUUUCUGGCCUCCCCGCCCUUGGACCCAUGACAUUAUAUGCUGAACUCGAUGCUUACUUUGUCUAGAAUGAUAAGCGACACCCUUUAGAAUUUAGAUUAGACCAUUGAUGAGAGCAAUAUUGUUUUGAAUGCAAGCCAGUGAGUGUA